AUGCCAAAAUAUUUAAGAAGAAAAUGUGAAAAAAAGCGUGGAGACAAGAAUAAAUUUGGUGAAAGAAAAUUAAUCGAAAAAGAUGGUGACAAUCAGGUCUAUGGACAGGUACAAAAACUGCUUGGGAACUGUCGAUUAAUGGCUUUUUGUUUUGACGGCAAAGACCGUCUGUGCCGUAUUCGCGGAAGUUUACGUAAAAUUACGUGGAUAAAUGUUGGUGAUAUUGUCUUGAUUGGACUUAGAGAAUAUCAGGAUAAUAUGGUGCUUCUUUCUUUAAAAUUGCAUUUGUGA